CAGCAAUCCUUGGUAAACCAGUUUAGCACCCGAGGAAAGUAUUUGAACCCUGAGACAUCAUUCAGAUUCCUGGCUGAAUGACACAACACCUCACCUUAUCACUUGUUCUUUUUAGCCUCCCUUCAUCCAAUAUCAGAGGUAAAGUUGGUGUAUCCUCUGUUAUGCAUUCAACCGCCCUCCUGUUGCUGCUGACUGCCUACGUGGCUCAUGGUUCACUGCUGCAAUUUGCCAGAAUGAUCAAGUGCACCCAGCCUGGUGUCAACCCCUUCAUGUAUAAUAACUACGGCUGUUGGUGUGGCUUGGGGGGGACUGGCAAGCCAAGGGAUGAGCUGGAUGGGUGUUGUGAGGUCCACGACCACUGCUAUCAAGCGAGCAGGCAUCUUCCAGAUUGCCGUCCCGUCAUUGAUUACCCUUACAUCAAUCUGUAUAGAUUCUCUUGCGCUAAUGGGCAGGUCUCCUGUUCAGCCUCCAGCCACGUGUGCCAGGUCUCAGUGUGUGAGUGUGACCGUGUCGCCACCAACUGCUUCGCCCAGUCGACCUACAACCCUAAGAACAAGAACCUGGACCCCAAAGUCCACUGUCUCUCCUGAGUCAAGUCAAAUCUGGAAGCAGCACCAACUGUAGAUUCACAGAAUGUUUAUGAAUCCUGUUUCAUGCAUAAUGUUUGCUGUAAUGGAAUUUAUUUUGCUAACAAAACUGACAACCUGAUUAAAUUAUUGAAUGGCACUCUUGA